CGUAUUUUUGGGUUAAAUUACACGUUUUGUUACUCAAAUUAUAUAAAAAUUUUACGUUUGCCACCCGAAUUACUUUUCAUUCUUAUUCGCCACUACCUUUACGAAUCAUUUCACCGUUAGUCGCCAGCCAACAAAUUCCAUUAACUCUGUUAAAAUUUUGAUGACAUGGCAAACAGAACUGUUGACUACCGUUAACUUAAUGACUUGUCAGGGAGAAUCUGGCGACCAAGCUCAUUGGGGACCCUCUUUUCAGAAGGGGAGGAGAAGUCUAGUGAGGAAUGGCUAUGUGACCUAAUUGAUAAAGUCUCGGAUGAUGAAUUAUGUUCGAUGGUUAUGGCACUAUGGUUCUUAUGGAAGGAACGAAACAAUCAGCUUUUCAAAAAUCCUAAGCAAGAGGAAAGUGAAGUCAUGGCAAGGGCGGAAGCUUACCUGGAAGAAUUCCGGUCGGGUGUGAAAUCUGCAAGCCCAGCAAGAGCUCCCCGUCAAGAGGCAAGAUGGGAGAAACCCGAGAAGGACCACCUGAAGGCAAAUGUUGAUGCAACCAAGACAAAAGAGGGAGGAACGGGGCUGGGUUUGGUGGUGCGAGAUGGUGAAGGAAGAUUGAUUCUAGCAGCGGUGCAGCGGACGCGCGUAGACUGGGAACCAGAGAUGGCGGAAGCUCAGGCUCUUCUCUGGGCUCUCGAUCUGCUGCAUAUCCACGCCUGCCAGCCAACCCUAAUUGAGUCGGACUGCCAAUCUCUGAUUCAGAAGCUGGAUCGGCGAGGAGACAUUGAGACGGAGCUGGGGGUUAUAGUGAAGGAGAUUAAAGGGAGGUGCUCGGAAAGAGGAGAUGUUCGAUGGCGAUUCUGGGGUAGAGGAGGAAAUGUCGCAGCGCAUGAAAUGGCAAGGGCAAAUUGCAGAUGGGAAGAGACUAAAAUUUGGGUGGGGAAACCCCCAAUUUUCAUUCUCAACACUCUAGAGAGGGACUGUAAUAGCACUUUACCGUUUUAAUUAAUAAUAUUCAAACUACUUUAAAAAAAAAAAAACAAAUCUGAUGGAACUUUUUUUACAAGAUUAAAGGAUCUGUUCAAGA